AUGAGUCAGAACCCCGAAGGUUCCACUUCCGGCGACGAGCACGACGCGCCGGGUCUAACCCCAGUCACGGCUAUCCCGAUAGCCCCCGCCUUUGUCGAUACCAUCAUGGAGCGCUUCGCCCGGCAAGACGCCGCCCAAAAAGUAGCUACCGAGCAAAUCGCCGCAAUCGCAGCACUACUCGCUCCUCUCGCCGGUGCACCAGACGCAGCCACCGACACCAUCCGCAGGCAACUAUUCGCAAGUGACGUAGCUGCUAACCCAACAAGUCACGGCGUUCCUCCCAGUACUCUCAACCCAGACGCCGCGCCUUUCACCCCUGCGAACCCAGAUCUACAGAUGGUACGCGAAGUAGCAGCACUCAAACAGUCACUCCUAGACAUCAACUCCAAGAUACACUGCGUCACCACCUCCGCACCGCAGAUAGAGCGUGUUCUGGCGAACACCCUCCGAACACCAUUCUCCCCGGCGAUAACCGGCGUCAGACUACGACACAUCGAGAAGCUCCGACUACCGACGUACGAAGGUCUCACCGACCCGACGACUCACAUCACGUCUUUCAACAUCGCAGUGCGCCGUGCAAACUUCUCCGACGAAGAACGCGACGCCGGCUACUGUCAACUUUUUGUUGAAAGCUUGAAAGGACCGGCCCUUACUUGGUUCACAGGCCUAGCUGAGAACUCUAUUAAAGACUUCCAUGACCUGUCGUCCGCUUUCCUGAAGAACUACAUCAUGUUCACUCAAGAAGACGCGACGGUGUCUGAUCUUUUCAACCUUGCUCAAGGAAAAGACCAAAGCCUGCGCAACUUCAUGGAGAAGUUCAAAGCCAUAGUCUCGAAGGUCGUCUUACCCGACAGCGUCGCGGUCGCCGCGCUUAAAAACACGUUGUAUGUCCAUUCGGUUUUCCGUGAUGACCUCUACAGGAACCCCACGACGUCUCUUUCCGACGCCAUCGCGCGUUCCCAUAACUUUAUCCGCAUGGAAGAAGAUACAAAGGCCCUGAUAGGCAAACUAAACGCGUCUAAAGCUGUAACAGCCGACAAAACCGGCUCGAAGAACGCGGAUAGUCGACAUGAGCCACGACAACACUCAUCAGGCGACCGAGCAGCCCCAAAGAAGAAUUUCGUGUACGCUGUUGACGAAGAGAACUCACCGGCGUCAACGACUGUUGUGCGCGAGAAAGGUUGGAACGUUUACAACCGCGAAACCGACGGAAAACCGCCGGAUUCCUCCGCAGCAGUGAGCUCUCGGCCUCCGGGAGCCGAGAAAUGGUGCGAUUACCACAACGCUAAGUCACAUAACACCAGGGAAUGUAAGACGCUCUUCGAGCAAUUUCUUUCCUCUGUCGAGAAUGGCAAACUCGAAAUCGAGCCCCCGAAACCUAGGGCCCGAGGACCGGCGAGCUGGAGCAAAAACAAAGACAAAAAAACCAGCAAGUCGCAAGGCAAAGCUCCUCAGCAAGAGAGACGAGCAACGCCCGAAGAAGCAGCUCCAGCAUCCCCGGAAAAGGGUAACUCGUCUAGCGACGAGGAAUCGCCGCGAAACCGGCGCCGCGUCGAGACUGUCUUCACAAGGCCCGCCAAAAGCACCGGCGAUCAUGAACUUCCGAGAGCGAGAAGACGCAUCAACGUCGUCCUGACGCAACUGGAACCUCCAAGCGACGAACCUGAACAAGUUCCUCCUCCAGACCUGCGCGCUCAGCUGAGCCGCCCGUCACUUGGCGACCUACGGAACACCCUCAAGCGGAAGGAGAAACCAGCGGCAGAUGCGGUCAGUCAUGUCCCCGAUCUCCGCGAGAAGAUCAACUCCUCCAAGACUCGCCGACUGGAUACCCCAAGUCCCAUGAAUCCCCGCCCCGUGGAUCUCCGAGAAAAGCUCAAUUCCAGGAAACCAGAUUUGCGAAGCCAGCUCGAUCGCCCCCUGUACUCCGAUCUACGACAAAAGCUCGACACCUCUAGAACUCAGCAUCCCACCCAAGAAAAAGACACUGUCAUCAACGUUAUUAUGGGAGGAUCCCCGCCCUGCGGUGAUUCCGUCAGGUCCAUUAAAGACUACCGUCGUCAGGCAACUUCCUCGCGUAAGUGGCCGACAAAACCUGAGAACGAUCAUCAAAUCACUUUCUCGCCUGACGACGCCCUUGGCAUCCACAUGCCACACAACGACCCCCUCCUCGUUGAACUUGGAAUUGGCGACUGUCAGGUUACCAAAAUUCUCAUCGACACUGGAAGCUCUGUCGAUUUGAUCUUUCGAGACACACUCGACAAGAUGGGCGUCGAUACGGAAAGUAUGAAACCGUCAUCCCGCUCCCUCACAGGCUUCAACGGUUCCUCCGAGGCCAUGAUCGGCACAAUCCGCCUUCCAGUGUACGCAUGUGGCACGACACGAACCGUGAAGUUCUCGGUCGUCGACUCUAAAGCCCCCUAUAACGCGAUCCUAGGCACCCCUUGGCUGCAUUCGAUGCGAGCAAUCCCAUCGACUUAUCACCAAUGCGUCAAGUUCCCGGGACCAGACGGCAAAAUCCGAACGCUACGGGGCGAUCAGCAAGCCGCUAGAGACAUGUUAAUCGCAACCAUCAAACUUCAGCGACAAACCUCGCAUGUUAACACCGUCUCAAACCCCUUACAGAAGGCGUUUCCCCAGCAAGAGGAGGUCAUCGAUAUAUCCCUCGACGUUGCUGACCCUAGUAAGGUGAUCCGCAUCGGAGCAUCCCUACCGGACAAUAUGCAGCAGCAACUCACCGAGUUUCUCCGUCAGAACGUCUCCACCUUCGCCUGGACCACAUCCGACAUGAAAGGGAUCGAUCCAGCAAUCACCUCUCAUGAGUUAAACGUUGACCCCACCUUUAAGCCUAUCCGUCAAAAGCGCCGAAAACUAGGACCCGAACGAUCCAAGGCAGUCAACGACGAGGUGGACCGACUGCUCGCCGCCGACUCAAUCAUGGAAGUCAAGUACCCCGACUGGCUCGCUAACCCUGUCGUCGUCAAAAAGAAAAACGGAAAGUGGCGAGUCUGCGUCGACUUCACGGAUCUGAACAAGGCGUGCCCAAAAGAUAGCUUCCCCCUCCCACACAUCGACCGUCUCGUCGAGGCGACUGCCGGAAAUGCCCUCUUGACAUUCAUGGACGCAUUCUCUGGCUACAACCAAAUAAUGAUGCAUCCUGACGACCGCGAGAAGACGGCGUUCAUAACAGAUCGAGGAACCUACUGCUACAAAGUAAUGCCCUUCGGCCUUAAAAACGCGGGAGCCACCUACCAGCGCCUUGUCAACCGCAUGUUCGCCGACAAGCUAGGUUCGACGAUGGAAGUAUACAUCGAUGACAUGCUGGUCAAGUCGCUCCGAGCUGAGGAUCAUCUCACGCACCUCAAAGACUGCUUCACAACACUCAACGAGUACGGCAUGAAACUGAACCCGGCUAAAUGCACGUUCGGUGUUAUGUCCGGCGAAUUUCUCGGAUAUAUCGUCACUCAGAGGGGUAUUGAAGCUAAUCCCAAACAGAUAUCGGCGAUCCUCGAUCUUCCAAGCCCCAAGAACAGCCGAGAAGUGCAACGCCUCACUGGCCGAAUAGCAGCGCUCAACAGGUUCAUCUCGCGAUCUACUGAUAAAUGCCUUCCCUUCUUUGAAUUGUUGCGAGGAAACAAACGAUUCAUUUGGGACGAAAAAUGCGAAGAGGCCUUUGGCCAACUUAAGCAAUAUCUGACUACUCCUCCAGUACUCUCGAAACCAGAAGCGGGAGACAUUCUCACCCUCUAUAUUGCCGUCACGCCUAUCGCCGUUAGCAGCGUUCUCAUACGCGAAGAUCGGGGGGAGCAAAAACCGAUCUUCUACACGAGCAAACGCAUGACGGAAGCCGAAACCCGCUAUCCCACCCUCGAGAAAAUGGCGCUUGCAGUGGUUCACUCGGCGAGGAAACUCCGCCCGUACUUUCAGUCUCACACGGUUGAAGUCCUCUCCAAUCAGCCCCUCCGCACAAUCAUGCAGAACGCUAACCACUCUCAGCGGCUAACGAAAUGGGCGAUGGAGCUCAGCGAGCAUGACAUCGUAUACAAGAACCGAACAGCAGCCAAGUCUCAGGUCCUCGCUGAUUUCUUGAUCGAACUCACACCCGAACUCGAGCAGGAUCUGGCCGUGUCAUCUCGCAAUUGGAUUCUACACGUCGACGGCUCCUCAACCAAUAAAGGAUCCGGCGCCGGCGUUCAGCUUCAAUCCCCAACCGGCGAACUGAUAAGACAGUCUUUCAGCUUCGGCUUUCCCGCUUCCUACAACGAGGCUGAGUACGAGUCCCUCCUCGCAGGGUUACGCCUCGCCAAGACCGUCAGAGCCAAACGCCUCAGCGCCUAUUGCGACUCUCAGCUCGUCGCCAGUCAAUAUAACGGCGAGUACGAUGCGCACAACGCAAGAAUGGACGCCUAUCUCAAGCUUGUUCAGGACCUCACGAAGGACUUCGAAUUUUUCGAACUCACCAAAGUCCCGAGAGGAGAGAACGUCUGCGCUGAUGCUCUAGCAGCCCUUGGGAGCAAGCUACACGAUCAGAUCAAGCGGACAAUUCCCAUUCAUCGGAUCGAGACCCCCAGCAUCACGGCGCAAGACGCGAGUACCACCUCCGUCUCUGCGGUAGCGGUUGCAGCCGAUAUGGAUAUCGACUCCUCAUCAGACGAAACCCCCGACUGGCGUACCGAUCUGAUCAACUACCUAGCACACGGCACCCUUCCCGAUGAUAAGUGGUUAGCGCGAAAACUGAAGGCGCGCAGUGCCCAUUACGUCGUCAUCGACGGCGAACUACACCGUUGGAACGCCAACAAGGUCCUCCUGAAAUGCAUAUCAGGUGACGAAACGCGACUGGUCACGGCUGAAAAUCACGAAGGCGCGGCCGGUAAUCAUUCUGGAGGGCGAGCUCUAGCACUUAAAGUUCGGAGUCAAGGCUUCUAUUGGCCUACUCUUAACGCGGACUGCGAGUCUUACGCCAAACGCUGCGAUAAGUGUCAAAGACACGCACCCACUAUCCACUGUCCCACCGAGCAGCUGCGCACUCUUACAGCACCGUAUCCUUUCAUGCGUUGGGCAAUGGAUAUCAUCGGACCGAUGCCGAACUCACGACAGAAGCGUUUCGUCCUCGUCCUCACCGAUUACUUCACCAAAUGGAUCGAAGCAGAAGCAUUCGCCAACAUUACCGACAAGGAAGUUCAAAAGUUCGUCUGGCGCAACAUAAUCUGCCGUCACGGCCUCCCUUAUGAGAUCGUGACAGACAACGGAUCGCAGUUCAUCUCGCAUCAGUUCCGCGAUUUCUGCGAUAAGUGGAGGAUCCGCCUGAACACCGCGACACCGCGAUAUCCGCAGAGUAACGGCCAAGCUGAAUCGUCUAACCGUACAAUCAUUGAUGGACUGAAGAAACGACUCGAUUUGAAAAAGGGUUGCUGGGCCGACGAGUUGGACGGCGUUCUCUGGUCUCACCGCACAACGCCGCGUUCCGCAACCAAGUGCACUCCAUUCUCCAUGGCUUACGGCGUUGAGGCGAUGGCUCCCGCAGAAGUCAAUGUCACCAGCCUCCGCAGGUCCCGAAUGCCUCAGAAUGUUGCACUCAACCAAAGUAUGCUGCUUGACGCCCUUGACGCAAUCGAAGAACACCGCGAUCAAGCCUUGCUCCGAAUCCAGAAUUACCAACAUCAGAUUGAGAGCUACUAUAACAAGAAGGUCAAGUCGCGCCCUCUUGAACAAGGCGAUCUCGUUCUUCGAAAAGUCUUUGAGAAUACUAAGGAGUGGAAGGCUGGCAAGCUUGGUACUAAUUGGGAGGGGCCAUACAGAAUCACACAAGUCGUAAAACCUGGAGUUUAUCGUCUAGAAACAUCAACCGGCGACGCAGUUCCCCGAGCAUGGAACUCCAUGCAUCUUAAGCGUUAUUCCGCCUAG